AUGCCAACGACGGGCUGCUGGUCUGGGAUGCCAUCAAGGAGUGGGCGUCGGACUACGUGGAGCACUACUACCCGUGCACGGACGGACAUCGUCGACGACGAGGAGCUGCAGGGAUGGUGGACGGAGGUGCGCACCAAAGGCCACGAGGACAAGAAGGACGGGCCGUGGUGGCCUCAGCUGGACAGCCACGAGAGCCUGGUCCAGGUGCAGGCCACCAUCAUGUGGGUCACGUCGGCGCACCACGCCGCCGUGAACUUUGGCCAGUACCCCUUUGCCGGGUACUUCCCGAACCGCCCGACCAUAGCCCGGAGGAACAUGCCGUCCGAGAUGGGCGUUGAGGACAUGGACGCUUUUGAGGAGGCGCCGGAGAAGGUGCUGCUGGACACGUUCCCAUCGAUGCACGAGAGCAUAUUGGUCCUUGCGAUAAUGAACCUCCUGUCGUCUCACUCGCCGGACGACGAGUACAUGGGCACGUACCAAGAUCCGGCGUGGGAAGAGAACGUCAAGAUCAGCAAGGCGUUUGGCAAGUUCAAAGGGGGGAUGAUGGAGAUCGUGGCGCAGAUCAACGAGUGGAACAAGGAUCGCAAGCGGAAAAACCGGCACGGUGCCGGUGUGGUGCCCUAUGUGCUGCUCAAGCCGUCGGAUGGUGAUCCCAUGGACGAAAAGAUGGUGAUGGAGAUGGGCAUUCCCAACAGCAUCUCCAUUUGA